AUGAAAAAUUUUACUAAUAUAGGCAAAAAAAUAAUAGGAAUAGGACAACUUGGUAAUGCAGUACCAGCCAACCCAUUUUUCUUUUUGAAGCCAACCAGUUCUUAUGUAUUACAAGGCCAAAAUAUUGAAUUGCCCAAAGGAUGCAUUGUACACCAUGAAGAAUCAGAAGCAUUUGAAUAUGUUGAUGGAUAUGCAUUAGGAAUUGAUUUGACAGCUAGAAACGUUCAAGACGUUGCAAAGAAAAACAGAUUGCCAUGGAGUGUUGCUAAAGGAUUUGACACAUUUACGCCAAUCGGAGAUUUUAUACCGAAAAAAGAGAUAAAAGAUCCUUCGAAUAUCGAUGAUGAGGUAAAGCAAAAUGGAGACACAAAAGAUAUGAUAUUUCCCAUACCAAAAUUGAUACAAUUUAUUAGAACUCCAUCGGGCGUUGGACCUAUAAAAUCAGGACAAAUUGUUACAGCAGGACUCAACACAAACAAUAAUAAGAAUAUAUCAAAUAUUAAAUUUUCUGUUGUUGAUAGAGAUGGAUUGUUUGAAUUUAAAGAAUAA